UCGGCGUUAACCCCGGUUAUAUUCUCGGCAGUGUAAAUACAGAUUUAAAAAAAAGAAGAAGAAUAUCUUGUCUACCGUGUGAAGGUUGGUUUUAUUAAAAAAAAAUUAAAAUAAAAAAAAAAUGUCCACGGAGGAACUGUCGACCUCGGACAGCGAAGGUGUGUUGGCCGGGGCCGGGGAACGGUGGGCCCCCGUGGGCGCCGUGUCCAGUCCGGAGGACGAGACGGGGCGCCGGAACGCCGUUCAGCCGGGCCACAGAGGCUCGUCCGCGGCCACCGGGGGCGAGAUGGCUGCCAGGCUGAGGAAACUGGAGGAGGAGCAGGAGCUGCUCAACUCGUCCCUCCUGGCCCUCACCUCCCACUUCGCCCAGGUGCAGUUCCGGCUGAAGCAGAUCGUGCACGCGCAGAGCGAGGAGAAGGAGAGGAUGCUGGAGGAGCUGGAGGAGUUCGCCUUCAAGGGCUGCCCGCAUGUGGUGGGCUGCAGAGUCCAGGACGCCAAGCAGCUGGAAAACUCCGAGGACCUGAGCGAGCGGGAGAAGAGGGAGCGUCUGGAGGCGCAGAGGGAGAAACAGAAGGACCUUAUUUUUCAGCUGAAGACCCAGCUGGAUGACCUGGAGCGCUUUGCCUACCAGGAGGGCAGCUACGACUCCCUGCCCCAGUCUGUGGUGAUGGAGAGACAGAAGGUCAUCAUCGAUGAACUGAUUAAGAAGCUGGACGUGAACCUGAACGAGGACAUCGGGAACCUGACACCCGAGGAGCUGAGACAGAGAGUAGACGCGGCCAUCGCUCAGAUCGUCAACCCAGCCAGGGUGAAGGAGCAGCUUGUGGACCAGCUCAAAACCCAGAUUAGAGACCUGGAAAUGUUCAUCAACUUCAUCCAAGAUGAGGUGGGGAACCCUCUCCUGUCUGAUGGUGUUCACGACCAGCAACCAGGGGCAGCUGGGGCCAACACCAGAGGACCGGGAGCGAAGAAGAAAGUGGACCCAGAGCAGGCCCAGAAGAUACGAGAGACCGGCCUGCAGCUGAUCCAGAAGGCCCUGGCUGUGCUACAGAUCUUCGCCAUGAGCCAGUUUGGCUGCACAGUGGGCCAUGUUUCCCAGGGCUUGUGGUCUCAGGGCGUGGCAGGACAGGACUAUGGCCCCUUGCUGCAUCAUUUGGAGGCGGCAGUGGAGAAGGUGCGAGUGCAAGGCUCAUGCAGACAGCUCUCCGUAGAGCAUGUGGUCAGUUACACCAGCGAGUCGACUCUGGUGCCCCGAGAUGAAUUGACGGUAUCUGUCAGGAAGGAGCUGGCCAUGGCCCUCAGAGACUUGCUGGCCCACGGCCUCUACUCACCUUCUCAGGGCAUGAGCCUGGUGCUGGCACCCAUCUCUUGCCUGCUGCCCCACAGACCGGGCCCAAAGACCAUACACCCCUGGGAACUCUUUGUCAAGUACUACCACUCUAAAGACGGGAAGGCCUUUGUGGAGUCACCUGCCCGGCAGCUGUCACAGUCCUUCAGCCUGCCUGUAGCGGGCGGCUCGGUGACCAUUACUCCUAAACAGUCCCUGUUGUGGGCCAUUCACACGGUGCUGAAGGAGCACGGUCGCUACAAGCGAGGUGCGGACUCUGAGUUCAAGGCUCUGGUGUGUAUGGCGCUGAACGAGCAGCGGCUGGUGUCGUGGCUCAAUCUUCUGUGUAAGUCUGGCACCUUAAUACAUCCACACUACCAGCCCUGGAGCUACAUGGCCCAGACUGGCUUUGAAGGGGCCCUACGCAUCCUGGGCCGCAUCAGCCACCUCAAAUUCAACCUCCCGGUGGACCUGGCUGUUCGGCAACUGAAGAACAUUAAAGAUGCUUUCUGAGAGGAGACCAAAGAGGCAGCCAACGUUUUGUCCCGUUGAAAAGCCUGAGUAGGGAAAGACCAUUCUCAAAAUUGAAUUCAUUUGUAUAAAUCAAAUCAAUUAUUGGCUAGCCGAUACUCCACAUGGCGUACAGUCAGUAUUCCCGCAGUCAACAAAUUGUGUACAAUUGUAAAUUGUAAAGUCCAAUAGUCAUGACUUUGUUCCCCAGGUACUCCACCUCCUCCUAAAGAGGCCAUAUGUUGCAGCCAUCCAACUAAAACGUUGUACAAAUGUAAUGUCCUCAUGCAUGGGUGAUUGUUCUGGAUGUCAUGAAAGUCGGCAGUUCAUCUCAUGAGUCGUGGUCCACGUAGUCAUCAUAACCCAACCGUUUCAAGAUGAUAUGGAGUCUAGAUAACAAAGCCGCUUGUACUGUUACUUGCCUUAGGACGGGGACUGAGAUUACCUCGUCAUGAGUAAAGCCUUUUUGACCUUUGUGACCUCUGCUUAUUGCACCAUACCCCCAACAUGAUACCACCCCAACCUAUGCAACCAGCAAUGUGGGAGAGGGUUUUCGUUUUCUUCAGUUGAUACGGUAUUGGGAGACCGUAAUGAUUACUAACGGGCUAGGCGGUAUCUGCUGAGACAUUCCAUGUACUCUUCAGAAGGUAAACACCUAGUGCAGUAAUGAACAGAAUUAGUUUUCUGUUGGCUGGUAAAGAAGCACUUGUGUUUGUCCACUCUUGGCUGUAAAAGAUGUAGUGCAAAGGCUUUUGUUACAGAGGGAAUAGCUUCUUGUAAAAAGUCCGACUUUGCAUUUGCAGUGAAUCAUUCCGCUAAACGAUGCACUCAGGUCAAGUUGAGAUACAGACAUCUUACAGUUUUAACGGUUGCAAGUGAUGUUUCUCUUGAUUUUAAAUCUCCUAAAGAUGCUCUUGCACAUAUUGUGUCGAGGUUGUGUAUAACAUUUAGACCCUGUAUCAACUGCUGCUUGCGUCCUGUUCCAGAUGUUACAUUUGUGAUGUUAUUCUGUCUGACAUUAAUCUUUUCCGUAAUUCCAUCGCUGUGUAUGUAAGUGUAAUGACCGCAGAUGACUAGACUCGCUAGCCC